AUGUUCUCUUCUUUUAUAGACAUCCAGAAAGUUGGUGAUCAUAAGCUCGAUCACUUGCAACAUGAAAGUUACAUGGACAGAACGGAGCAGUGCUAUAAAUGUGGGACAACCUUCAUUGAGGAGUCUGAACUCUAUGAGCAUCAGAUCAUUCAUACACUACAUAAGACCUAUGAAUGCAGUCAGUGUGGGGAAAAAUUGGAUAAAAUGUUCAAACUCAAUGAACAUUAUCAAAAAGACCAUAAAGGACAAAAACUAUAUAAAUGCUUGGAAUGUGGCAAAGCUUAUCACAGUAAAUCAUACCUCAAGGAACAUCAGAAAACUCAUGUGACAGGGACGCCCUGUGUAUGCAGUGAAUGUGGGGAAGGCUUCACCAGGAACAGUGAUCUCACUGCUCAUCAGCAAAUUCAUACUGAGGAGAAACCUCAUGUAUGUACUGAAUGUGAAAAAGCCGUUACCAGGAAGCGGUACCUCACUAUUCAUCAGAAAAGUCAUACUGGGGAGAAACCCCAUGUAUGUGGUGAAUGUGGCAAAGCUUUUAUUCGGAAAGCACAUCUCAAAAGUCAUCUACGAACUCAUACAGGAGAAAAGCCCUGUGUAUGUGCGCAUCUCAAAAGUUAUCUACGAGCUCAUACAGGAGAAAAACACUAUGUAUGUGGUGAGUGUGGUAAAGCUUUCAUCCAGAAGCAAUGCCUUACAGCACAUCAGAGAUUUCAUACAGGAGAGAAAUCCCAUGUAUGUGAUGAAUGUGGAAAAGCUUUUAUUUGGAAGACUGCUCUCACUGAUCAUCAGCGAACUCAUACUGGAGAGAAACCCCAUGUAUGUGGUGAAUGUGGAAAAGCCUUUAACAAGAACACUGCUCUCACUGUUCAUCAGCGAACUCACACAGGAGAGAAACCCCAUGUAUGUGGUGAAUGUGAAAAAGCUUUUAUCAGGAAGAAGGAAUUCGCUGAUUGUCAGCGAAUUCAUACUGGAGAGAAAACACAUGAAUGUGGUGAAUGUGGAAAAGCCUUUAUCAAGAAGACUGCUCUGACUGAUCAUCAGCGAACUCAUACUGGAGAGAAACCCUAUGUAUGUAGUGAAUGUGGAAACGCCUUUAUGGAGAAGACUGCUCUCACUGUUCAUGAGCGAACUCAUACUGGAGAGAAAUCCCAUGUAUGUGGUGAGUGUGGAAAAACUUUCAACCAGAAACAAUGCCUUAUAGUUCAUCAGAGAUUUCACACCAGAGAUAAACCCCAUGUAUGUGGUAAAUGUGGAAAAGCCUUUAUCAGGAAGACUGCUCUCACUGAUCAUCAGCAAACU